CUGGUGAUCUGGCUUGACUGACCACCGCCGUGUCAAAUCAAGGGCUGAAUGACCUGGCUCGGUGGUAGCCAGCCGCCGCACCGACGGACAAGCCGCCCCCGGGUCUAGCUAGGGUUUCCGUUCCUCUGCCUCUCCCCGCACGCGAAGCAGGGCGCAGCGUUGAUGGCAACGGCACCAGCGCCGGCGGACCCGAAGGCGGAGGCCGCCAAGAUGGACCUCCUGGAGGACGACGACGAGUUCGAGGAGUUCGAGAUCGACCAAGAAUGGGACGACAAGGAAGAAGGCAAUGAAGCCGUCCAGCAGUGGGAGGACGACUGGGAUGACGAUGACGUUAACGAUGAUUUCUCGCAGCAGCUGAGGAAAGAACUGGAGGGAGCCCAGAAGAGCUGAAGUGUUUUCUUCUGUAGUAUAAAUGUCACUCUUGUAUGGCCGUUACUUUCUGAACCGUGAUGGGUGUGCGUCUGGGGGCAACCUAAUUUGCGGAAUAUUUCUACAGGAAAGUUUAUGGCCGUAGUUUCCAUAUUAUGGGUGAAUUUCUCUAUAUGAACGGUGCGGUACCAGAAAGUUUAUGAACAUAUGGAAAUUUUGCCCCUUUCUCCAA